GUCGGAUAGAGGAUGACGCUAGGGUGAGUCUCCACCCUCUGAACCGAGUACUGGCUGAUUUGAAUCAAACGUGCUUGAGGAAUUGAGAGCUCUCGGAGCAGUAGUGUGGAUUUAGUUCGUGGAACAACUUUCAAAAAAACUAUUCUCUUCGUUUGGACAUGUGGGGAGUUUGGCGACAGACACGCGCUAUGUGUGCGUUCUGUUAUCAUGACGAGAGGGACGACGUUUAGAUGACAUUUUGGCAACUUGACUGACCGAGGAAAGAAACGUCAAUGGACCGUGAUGAACAACUGCUCAUCUGUCCGCAUCUGGUGGAUAAACUGUACUGAGUGACGCCCUCUGACUUCUGACACUAUCUCUCCUGUUGUUUGUGGAUAUCGUUUCGGCCGGGAUUAAGACGCAUCUUCUGGAUUUUCAUACUGAAAAGUGAAUGGGUGACUACACACUUUAACGAAAAUGAUCACAGAGAAAUGAAUACGGGCACUUCUGUUGGGUAGGCUACUUAAUGCGACUGUCAAAGCUGUGUGUUUAUAGCUCAGUUGUACGCGUGUUAUGCGCCCAAGUGAUUUUCCACAGCACCACACCUGGAUAAAACGUGGGAAUUACACUGCAUCGAAGUGAAUGUUUGGAUAUUUCUUUUUGUAGCCUAUGCAGGUGCAUUGCAAUUAUAAUCCUUUCUCAGUCAUGGUGGAGCCUACUUUCCAGAUACGCACAGCCGAACUGUGCCAGACGCGCGUCUCUCCUUGUAUACCGCUGCUCUUCAGCGUCUUCUGACAGUUGACUUCGGAGUGGACUCAUCUCUGACUAUCUCUCGCUUGACAGCCCUCUCCUCCAACCCCCGUUAUCGGACUGUCUUUCAAGGAUAACAGCCUGCCUCGUGUAUUUUUAAAAAGACCUUUCCCCAUCUAGUUCCAUCACAGCCAAACAAACAAACAAAGAACAAUCACAACAAAAUCAACAAAAUUCAUUUAUUUUAUUUGCACAUGGGGAAUUGCCUACCUCUUGAGAUGUGACAUCUGGUUUUCAAUAGGAUCUGGAUAGUACAGACAAUUCAAGACAGACAAAACAUUACAUCACAAAUCAAACGUCAAAAACGGCGACCACCAUGCCACACGGCAACGAGACGUGCGAGAACUACACGGAGGUGAGCCUGGAGGGCAGCCCGGUGGUCAGCACGGUGAUGUUCGUGGCGGGGGUGGUGGGCAACCUGAUGGCGCUCGGGAUCCUCGGCGUGCACCGCAAGGAGCACCGCGCCAAGACCUCCGUCUUCUGCAUCCUGGUGACGGGACUCGCCGUGACCGACCUGCUGGGCACGUGCUUCCUCAGCCCGCUGGUAUUCGUCUGCUACGCGCGCAGCAAGUCUCUCCUGGGACUCACAGGUAAUGCCCACCUGUGCCACCUGUUUGCGUUUGCCAUGACGUUCUUCGGGCUGGCGUCCAUGCUGAUCCUGUGUGCCAUGGCGGUGGAGCGCUGUCUGGCCAUCAGCCACCCUUACUUCUACUCCAACAGGGUGCGACGCAGCUUCGCCAAGGUGGCGCUACCCCUGAUCUACCUUGUCACCUGUGCCUUCUGCUUGCUGCCCUUCUUCGGCUUCGGACAGCACAAGCAGUACUGCCCCGGCACCUGGUGCUUCAUCAAGAUGGAGGCCGACGACGACAGUGACGGCGGGGACGCCACAAACACAGACACUGCCCCCGGUGGCGCGGAGGGGAAUAACACCAUUGGGCAUUCGGAAGGCAGCCAUAGUGGUAGUGGGCACCACCACCUUCACCACCAUUACCACCACCACCACCACCACCACCAGCGGCACUACACGCUGGCGUUCUCGCUGUGUUACGCCACCCUGAUGGCGUUGCUGAUCGCCGUGGUGUUCAUCUGCAACGGCUCGGUGAUCCUGAGCCUGUGCCGCAUGCACCACAGCCAAAUGUCGCGGCGCGGCUCCGUGCUGUCGGCGGGACGCAAGCGCAAGAUGCUGGUGUUCGGGGGCGGGGGCCAGGGGGAGGAGGAGCUGGAGCAUCUGGUGUUAUUAGCGUCCAUGACCGUCAUCUUUGUCGUCUGCUCCCUGCCACUCACGAUAUGUGGCUACGUGAGCGCGUUCCGCCACACGACGGACGAGUCGAUCCACAUGAUCUCGUUCCGUUUCCAGGCGCUGAACCCCAUCGUGGACCCCUGGAUCUUCAUCCUGUUCCGCAAGUCCGUGUUCCGACACCUGCGGCAGCUCUUCCGCUGCCGUUUCCCCGGCAACGCCGUCAAGGCCACCGCCCACACGGCCCUGUCCCUCAACGAGGUCAACGAGGUCAAGUCCACGUCGUCUGCCGUGAUCAGGGGCAUCCCGCGGUCGCCGCCGGCGCCCGCUAAACCACCAUCAUGUGCAAACCAGUGACGCUCACCAGGGCCAGCGCUGAUGUCACCUUUGGCUGGGCCCAGGACAAAGUCAUCUGAAAGGGCCCCCCCACCCACACAAUACAUUCAAUGUAGUGAGGACCCAACUAUGGGCCCAGGACAAAGUCAUUUGAAAGGGUCCCACACACAAUACAUUCAAUGUACUGAGGACCCAACUAUGCCCCCCUCCCCCAUUCCCCGUGCCCGGGACAACUGACCCCUUUGUCCCCCUUUUCGGCCUCCCUGCAACCACCCAGUGUUGUCAGAUGGAAAAUGCUGAACUGUCGUACCAAAACCGAAAAAUGAUCGUUUUUUGGGGGGCUUUUUUGGGAGGAAAUUGUCAUACAAGAAACAAAUGCUUGUUUCAAGGGCAAGUAAAUGAAUUGAAUGAAAAUUACGUUACAAAUACGAUAAUUAUCAUACACCUGGCAGUACUUCCCCCAUCCCCCAUGACACCAUAGGGGUCAAAUGUCAAGGUGACAGUGACCCCAUACGACAACGUUGGGUUCAAGGGUCAAGGACACAGACGACACUGCAUUGGUGACACGGAGGGUGGUGUGUAUUUAAGCAAGUUGCAAACCAGUGACACUCCCACCGCCCAUGACACCAUAGGGGCCAAAGGUAAAGGUAACAGUGACCCCACACGAGUCAAAGGUCAAGGGCAUAGAGGACACAUUGGUGACACGGAGGGUGGUGUGUAUUUAAACCUCAUUGGUGACACGGAGGGUGGUGUGUAUUUAAGCCUUCCUAGUUGCAAACCAGUGACACCCCACCCCACCCAUGACACCAUAGGGGUGAAGGGUCAAGGACACAGUGACCCCACACCACAGCUUAGGAUUAAUGAGUCAAGGACACAUUGGUGAUGGGGAGGUUGGUGUGUAUUUUGGCCAGCAGGUUGUGAACACGGAGGGUGGUGUGUAUUUAUUUAGGCCAGGUGAAAAAAGACAUCAGAAUUUUGAGUUGACUGAAAUGACUUCUGCUCACAUGACAUUUCUCUCCACUCAGGGGGGUUUGGCUUCUUCUGCUUGCUGACUCCAGCCAAUGAAAACCCUUCCCCCCCUGGCUUCAGUAACGGAUUAGUGACAGCAGCACCGAAGAAAUGUUAGCGGUGGCCAUUUUGAAUAACUAUCCAAGCUGCCGGAGGACUAAUAGCAGAGGACAUGCCAUGCACUCAGGCCCCCGUCACCUUGGUGACCAUAUUAGACUCACCUGGCCGUGACUAUGCACUCACUGACACGGGGCGCAUUUUGGGGUUGAUUCAUGUGGAAGCGAAAAAGUGAAAGCUCAUUGGGGAAACUCCAAAUUCAAAUUGUCAUUGUGACACAGCACUCCACAGCACAAAUAUGAAAACCGCUCACUGCACACAACGAAAUUGCAUGUAUGCCUCACCCGUGCAAGGGGCAGCCCUCAAUGGCGGCCGUAGGGAGCAGUGCGGCGGGACAGUACCAUGCUCAGGGUUCCUCAAUUGUGCUCUGGGAAUUAUGGUAAAUACCAAACGCCGACAUGGGAAGGACACAACACAUGAACUCUUGUGGUAUUUUCCCCUGGACAACUCAUUGAACAUUUUUAUGUAUGAGUUUCCGAGAUUGGAUAAUAUCUACUUUCGAGAGCACAUGAAAGGUACACAGUAAAAACUGGAGUGUUAAUGCAACACUAACAGAGUCGAUUUAACACCUUCUAGAGUGUAUUUGGUCCCAAAGCACUCUCUAAGUGUUGAAUUAACACUGCAUUUUUUACUGUGUAGCCUGGCUCUCACGCAGACCCUCGUGCAUUUUCGCCCAACGUCGUGAGCUGGCACAACCAACGUGUGAGAGCCAGGUUACAUGAGAGGCACGUUAGUCUUAUAACAAAGGCAGCAGACAGGAUAGGACAUAUUAUAAUAUAAGGACAAUCUUUUGGCAUCGAAGGGCAACCGUGCAGAAUUUUGCCAAUGUUUGGAGCAGAACUGCAGAUUCACUAUAGUAAUAGACUGCUCAUUGAAUGCACUGAUGAUGAUGCUCUGCUACACU